GUCUCGAAUAAACGCUCAGUGUUGUGGAUUAGAUAUUAUAGUAGAUUUUGUUAGAUAUAUAUCUGACAUGUACCGUAUAACAUUACAUACUUCCUGAGACUUCAAUUCUAAUGAGUAAAAAUAUUUAAAUAAUAAAUUCAUUGCUGAAUUUGAAUAACAAUUCCACAACUUGGCUGCAUGAUCAAGGAAUACCAGUGCCUCUAGUUGUAAUUCUAUUUUGUAAAACAACAGUAGUGCUUGACGUCAUGCGAGCGAUGAGUAUUUAGCGACAGUGGUUUCAUUAUUUAGUGGUGUUUAAGUGGACUUAAUAUUGAUGUUUCUUGUGAAAUAGCAAAAAUGGAGACUGAAAGGAUGAUAGAAGACACUAUGCCACCCCAGGUGACAUCUAUAACUUGUGUGGAUUCGGGCGUCCGUCCGGUGCCGAGCAGUGCCGCAUACACGGCCGAGAGAGACGCCUGCCUCAAUUACUUCUCGAGAUGGAACGAAACGGAUCAGGUGGAGUUUGUGGAGCAGCUGCUGGCACGCAUGUGCCACUACCAGCACGGCCACAUCAACGCCUACCUCAAGCCGAUGUUACAGCGAGAUUUCAUCAGCAUGUUGCCCAAAAAAGGUCUCGACCACGUCGCGGAGAACAUACUCUCGUAUCUAGACGCCAGUUCGCUGUGCGCCGCCGAGCUGGUCUGCCGCGAGUGGUUGAGGGUCAUCUCCGAGGGUAUGCUGUGGAAGAAGCUCAUCGAGAGGAAGGUCCGGACCGAUUCGUUGUGGAGGGGGCUCGCCGAGAGGAGGGGAUGGAUCCAGUACCUGUUCAAGCCGAAGCCAGGUUGCCAGCAUCCGUCCCACUCGUUCUACAGACAGCUGUACCCGAAGAUCAUCAAGGAUAUACAAUCAAUUGAGGAUAACUGGAGAAUGGGCAAACACAAUUUACAGAGGAUAAACUGCAGAUCGGAGAACUCGAAAGGCGUGUACUGUCUCCAAUACGACGACAACAAGAUUGUUUCCGGUCUCAGAGACAACACCAUCAAGAUAUGGGACAGGAAAACGUUGCAGUGUGUCAGAGAACUCCAAGGCCACACGGGGUCGGUCCUGUGCCUGCAGUACGACGAGCGCGCCAUCAUAUCGGGGUCCUCGGACAGUACCGUCCGCGUGUGGGACGUCAACACCGGCGCCAUGCUCAACACGCUCAUACACCACUGUGAAGCUGUCCUGCAUCUGAGGUUCUGCAACGGGAUGAUGGUCACUUGUAGUAAGGACCGUUCGAUAGCCGUGUGGGAUAUGACGUCAACGACAGAGAUAAUGCUCCGGCGCGUCCUCGUGGGACAUCGAGCGGCCGUCAACGUGGUCGACUUCGACGAGAAGUACAUAGUCAGUGCCAGCGGGGACCGGACCAUUAAGGUCUGGAACACAUCGUCCUGCGAAUUCGUUCGCACCCUCAACGGUCACAAGCGAGGAAUCGCCUGCCUCCAGUACAGGGACCGCCUAGUCGUGUCCGGCUCUUCGGACAACACGAUACGUCUGUGGGACAUCGAGUGCGGCCAGUGUAUACGAGUGCUUGAGGGUCACGAGGAGCUGGUGCGGUGUAUACGCUUCGACAACAAACGGAUAGUUAGCGGCGCCUAUGACGGCAAGAUCAAAGUGUGGGACUUGCCGGCGGCGCUCGACGUACGCACGCCACAUCAGGAACUGUGUCUCAGGACUCUCGUGGAACACACAGGCCGCGUGUUCAGAUUACAGUUCGACGAGUUUCAAAUCGUGUCCUCGUCGCACGACGACACGAUCCUCGUGUGGGACUUCCUGAACUACGGCGGGGCCUCGCCCGCGCCCGCGCCGCAGCCUCGCGCGCGCACUCCCGACCACGAGCCCGACAGGGAGCACGACCUCUACGACUAGGUAAAUUAGCUAAGGACAAUAUAAGACUUGUACACUAGAGGCUGCGCACGCGCCGCCGACGUCGCUGACGUCACGACACGUUACCAUGACGACGGGCAACACUGGCCCGUCAACACCCGUCUCAGUUUAUAUCGAGAACUAGUGUUGGGAUGAGCACAUCACUACGAUUGUGAUCCGUGAGGAGUAAAGUGAAGUCGAAUGUGUGUUUUUGUAAAGUGUUGUUUUUUUUUAAUUUUGUCGUGUUGCAACACUGGUGAUGUAAAUAAAAGGUCGUCUUUUUUUAUUUUUGGUGCGGUUGAGUGUUUGGUGGAAAAUUUGUUUAUUGUUUAAUAAUAUUGUGCUUGUUUUUAACAAGUCAUAAAUUUAAUAUGGAUUUGGUGUAUGAAGAAAUUGAACGUUCCGUGCAAGUAUUAAAAUUAACGUUAUAAAUAAAACUCAAAUAAGACUCGAGUGAUUCCACAGACUGAUUGUCUAAAACAGUUUUGUGGACUCCGAUUGUGACUCUUAAGAAUCUUUUUGUGUUAAUAACAAUAAUAAAUAGAAAUAACUAAAUAAAUUGGCACAAUAAUCUAACCGUUUCAUCAAUUAACUGGUCAAAAGUUCAAAAUUUUCCUACACAAGGUUUAUUGCAAGUUU